CGUCAGGGCUGGUGGGCGGAGCUACCGUUAGGCACCAUGUCUUCGGUUGGACCCGAGCCCGCUGGUCUAGCUAAGGGCAGCGUGGAGGUGAAGGGUGCAGCCGCAAAGAAAGAGGAAGUCGGUGCAGCGAGCAACGGAGAGGACAAACCAGAUGGAGACCGAGCGUUAGCAGCCAGACUGGCCUCCUCCCCUGCAGCAGACACCAUGCUCAACGGCACCGAAUGUGACGACACGAGGCACAAGAGCCCCAACCACAACAAGACUUUACUGUUGGUGAAUGAGAACGGCAUGUCGGACACGGAGCCGCCGCACGGCUCGGUGACGGGGAGCAACGGCUUCAUCCUCACCAAGCAGCAGCAGGACCAGGCUGCUGCAGCACCACAGGGUUUGGGAGUUUCCCCUCAUAGGACUAACUGGUUGCUGCCUUCGGGCUCACCAACGGGGGGACACACGGCCAAAUCUCCGGGGGGGUGCGUGCAGAGUUCAGGUGCACUAAGGACUGACCCCGGUACGGGGACCACGUCGGGACAGGAGACACCGGACACUAAAAACGGCACAGCCUCGUCUCCUGCCCCGACUCCUGCACCCGUCACCAUCCACCGAGCACGCAAGACCAUGUCCAGACCUGCUGUCAGCCCGGCACAGAAGCUUCUUAACAGGGAAUUAAGAGAAGCGAAGAAUGCCAAAAUGGAGAAAACGGAGACUCACGUUGCACCUGAUGCUCAGAAAUCCUCUCAGCAGUCCUCCGCUCAGAACCAUCUACCUCAGAGUUCACCGGACACGCCAGCUUCAGCACAAACCGCUUCUUCAGCUUCACCAGCACCUCCUGCAGCUCCCGCGACACCUCCGGCUCCUCCAGCUCCUGCUAGUGCAACACCUCCAGGUAGUGCAACACCUCCAGGUAGUGCAACACCUCCAGCUACAGCAACACCUCCAGCUAGAGCAACACCUCCAGCUACUGCGGCUCCUGAAGCUCCUGCAGCUCCUCCAGUUUCUGCAGCUCCUGCAGCCACUCCAGCUCCUCCGGCUCCAGCCAAGCUCCAUCUAGGUCCUUACUCAGGAGGGCUGUCGUCCCGUAAGAAGAAGAGGAGGAUGGGAAUGUACAGUCUGGUUCCCAAGAAGAAAACCAAAGUGCUAAAGCAGAGAACUGUGCUGGAAAUGUUUAAAGAACUACAACAGUCUGCCAAAAGCCCACAGACUAAAGAGGUAGCAGGCAUAAACGGGGAGAAGGUUGAAAAUGCAUCUGAAGAGGAAGAGUCGGAGGAAAUGGAGUCUGAGGAAGAGGAGCGGCAGCAGCCAGCAGAAGAGCCGGUCAGUGCUGUUCAGGAAGCAGCGUCUGAAAACAUCUCUCAGGAACAAGAAUUCAGUCAGAUGUUUAACUUGGUGUCUGUGGAAAAGCCAGUUCCCCAGGUGGGAGAUGAGCAGGAGUCUGAGGAGUCUGGAGAGGAGGAAGGAGAAGAAGAGGGGACAGAGUCUGACUUGAGCACAGAGUCCAGUCUGAAGAAGAAGUUGAAAAAGAAGCUAAAGAGAGACAGCGCCUGGCUCCGGCCCUCCAGGAAACGCAAGAGGAGGAUAAAACCUAAAGAUCUGGAGGCCAUGGAUCAGCCUCAGGCUGCAGCUCCUCCGGUCCAGCCGGCUGAAGUCAAAGAGAACGAACAGAUUCCUUCCUCCGAGUCCGUCAGCAGCAACAAGACACAACAACCAGCGGCUCCUUCUCAGAAUAAAGGCUCGGCGAUGGAAGAGGCUCAGGAGCUGCCGCUCUGCAGCUGCCGCAUGGAGACGCCCAAGAGUCGAGAGAUCCUCACGCUGGCCGACAGGAAGUGCAUGGCCACGGAGAGCGUGGACGGGCAGCUGACCCGCUGCCAGGGCGCCAUCCUCAAACACGAGAUGAUGCGUCCCUCCAACUCGGUCCAGCUGCUGGUUCUGUGCGAGGAUCACCGCAACGGCAUGGUGAAGCACCAGUGCUGCCCCGGCUGUGGCUUCUUCUGCAGGGCUGGGACCUUCAUGGAGUGCCAACCAGAUCUGAGCAUCUCUCACCGUUUCCAUCGAGCUUGUGCCUCGGUGCUGAAGGGUCAGAGCUUCUGUCCUCACUGUGGAGAAGAAGCCGGCAAGGCCAAGGAGGUGACCAUCGCCAAGGCCGACACCACCUCCACCGUCCCCCCCGCACACGGACCUGCCACCCCCGGGGCCCACGAGGGCCGAGCCGACACCACCACUGGAAGCUCUUCUCGUCUGGCUCUGGGGUCAGAGGUCAGCGGCCGGGCCGACAGCUCUCUGCCGGGUCGAUCUGCACACGGACCGGACCCCUCGGCUGUCCCCGGGUCCUCCAGGAGCUCAGCACUGCUGGCCGGGCCGGGAACUCUCAUCUCUCCAGGGACGUCGAGGGAGACUCUGGAGAGCAUCCUGGUGGCUCUGGACACAGAGAAACCCAAGAAGCUUCGUUUUCACCCCAAACAACUUUACCUCUCGGCCAAACAGGGAGAACUCAAGAAGGUCCUGCUCAUGUUGGUGGACGGUAUCGACCCUAACUUUAAGAUGGAGUCUCAGAACAAACGCACGCCGCUCCACGCUGCUGCUGAGGGAGGAUACCGGGACAUCUGCCACAUGCUCGUACAGGCCGGAGCCAACGUGGACAUGUGUGACGAAGACCAGCGGACGCCACUGAUGGAGGCGUGUGAGAACAACUACAUGGACACGGUGCAGUACCUGCUGAGAGCCGGAGCCAGCGCCACGCACAAGGACGUUGAAGGGUUCACGUGUCUCCAUCUAGCGGCCAAAUCGGGACAUUACGACAUCGUGGAGCAUCUUCUGUCCACAGGACUCAUCAACAUUAACUGCCAGGAUGAUGGAGGCUGGACGGCCAUGAUCUGGGCUACAGAGUAUAAACACGUUGACCAGGUGAAGCUGCUGCUGACUAAAGGAGCCGACGUCAGCGUCAGAGACAAGGAGGAGAACAUCUGCCUCCACUGGGCAGCGUUCUCCGGCAGCGUGGAGAUCGCCGAGCUGCUCCUGAACGCACACUGUGACCUGAAGGUGGUCAACAUCCACGGAGACUCUCCUCUGCACAUCGCUGCCCGGGAGAACCGCCUCGACUGUGUCACGCUUUUCCUGAAUCGAGGAGCUGAUGUGUUCCUGAAGAACCGCGAGGGAGAAACUCCUCCAGACUGCUGCAGCCACAACUCCAAGGCCUGGGCCGCCCUGCAGGCCAACCGGAGGGAGAGGGACUCCAGGAGCGCCAGGCUGGCUCGGCCCGAGGAGAAAAUCCUGCAGAGUGACAUCGCUCUGGGCCAGGAGAGAGUUCCUCUUCCUUGUGUCAACUCUGUGGACAGUGAAGCUUAUCCAGACGACUACAAAUACAUCUCUGAGAACUGUGUCACCUCCCCCAUGAACAUAGACCGCAACAUCACACACCUACAGUACUGCGUUUGUAAAGAAGACUGCUCGACAAGUAUCUGCAUGUGUGGACAGCUCAGUCUGCGCUGCUGGUACGACAAGAGAGGUUGUCUUCUCCCUGAGUUCUACCGUGAGGAACCUCCUCUCAUCUUUGAGUGUAACCACGCAUGUUCCUGUUGGAGGAACUGCAAGAACCGCGUCGUGCAAAACGGACUCAGGACCAGGCUUCAGCUCUUCAGGACCAGUAAGAAGGGCUGGGGGGUCCGUGCACUGCAAGACAUUCCCCAGGGGACCUUUGUAUGCGAGUAUGUGGGUGAGAUCAUCUCUGAAGCCGAAGCAGAAAUGAGGCAGAACGACACGUACCUGUUCAGCCUGGACGACAAGCCACAAGAUCUGUACUGCAUCGAUGCUCGUUUCUAUGGAAACAUCAGCCGCUUCCUCAAUCACAUGUGCGAGCCCAACUUGUUUGCCUGCCGAGUGUUCACGACGCACCAGGACCUCCGUUUCCCACACAUUGCCUUCUUUGCCAGUGAAAACAUCAAGGCUGGAGAGGAGCUCGGAUUCAACUACGGCGACCACUUCUGGGAAGUCAAAAGCAAGCUGUUCAGCUGUGAAUGCGGCUCUUCCAAGUGCAAGUACUCGUCGGCGGCGAUGGCGUCGCUGCAGGCCGACAGCACGCCAGAGGAGCGGCAGCAGCCCAGCGCCUCGCCCGACACCAGCUCUUCCACCAGUCCGACCAGUCCUUCCUAAAGCCUCCCACACUACGCCAGGUCCCGUCUCCACCCUCCUCCCACUCUGAACUGUUACCAGUCGACUCGUACUGUAUCUCCACUUCUGAUUGGACCAUCGAGCUUCGCCAGAAACCCGGAAAAACACCACAAACAUCAGAACCAGAUGCACAAUCAAAAAUCCUGGAUCCUGCUCUUUUAUCUUUUAUUAUUCCACCGUGUGUCACAUGAACACAAAACGUCACAGGGACGAUAAAAAUCAGUCUUUACAUUUCACACAUGACUUUACUGGGAAGGAGAACUGUGCAUUUUGUCUUUUUUUUUGUCUUUUUUUUUUUUUUUUUAAACAUGAUUGGUUGGAAUUGUUGGCUUUUCUUAUCUAGUCAUGAUCGAGGAACUCGGGGUUUCGGGGGUCGAGGGGAUCGUUGUCUUUUGCAAAGACAACCUCAGCAUACAGCUGUUUAAUUAGUUUGGCCUCUAAGGUCAUUUAUCAUGAACCAUUCCAGCAAAAUCAGCUGAUAAAUAUUGAACUAUGUUGCCACUUCUUCGUGUCACUUCAUCUUUGUUGCGGUGUAUGAACAGACGUCCAGCGUUUGCCACCAGAGCUGAUUUUCUAAUUGAUUAAUUAACGGAAGUUAUGGGAAGACUCUGUGCAAAAAGCGGACUUUUUCUGUUUUAUUUGCUAGUAUGGAUGAGAAAGAUGCUGUACCAUUCCUCUAAAGAGAGGCGUUUCUAGUCUGAAUAAAAUUGGCAGACCUUUUUAUUGAUCAUGUUAAGCCAAUCUUAAUGUGUUGAAAUUGAUUAAACUGAAAAUGAGUUUAAAGAAAAACAACAAGAAAAUGGUGCUGACAAAGGUUUUUACUUUUGUUUUCAUUUUUAUUACCCAAGUGAACAUAGUUUGUAAGAUAAGAGAAUGUUUUAAGUUUUUUAUGUUUUAAUUUUAACUCCAGUUUUCUAAUCACAGUUACUGUAGUUAUUUAGGCUAUUUUUAAUUUCGUGUCAUGAUUUUUGCCGACAGAAGCCAACCCGUCUUUUUAAAUGUUGUUAGUAAAGCAGUGACUGUUGUGCAAAGUCUUGAAAGGUAUAAAUGAAAAAAAAAGGUUAUAAAAAUGCACUUCAUAACGUUCUGUUACAUAUUUCUGGACCGUGAACCAUCCAUCUAAUUGGUUGUAUCUUUUUCAAUAAAUUUACUACUAAUGCA